AUGGCUGGGAUUCGGCUGCAGCGGAGCCGGCUACAACAGGAGCUAGAAGUACGCGAGCUGGUCCGGCAUGUGACGGGCCUCCGGGACGAAGCAGACCCAAACUUUCAGCUCGCCCUUCACUUCGCUUGGUCCAACUUAAGGUUUCAUCGUUUCUUGGAUGUUAACAGCCACAAGGUGGAAAAGACAAUAGAAGGAAUUUAUGAAAAAUUUAUCAUUCAUUCUGACCUUAACAAAGCUUCUAGUUGGAAGAGAUUAAUUGAAGAAUUUCUAAAUGCAUCACUUCCAAGCAUAAAGGAGAUAAAGACAGAUGCACAUUAUUCCAUACUAUCACUUCUUCUGUGUCUUUCUGAUUCCCCUUCAAAUAGCAAUUAUGUGGAAACACCAAGAGAUAAAGAAGUAGAAAAGAAAGAUAAUUUUGACUGGGGAAAAUACUUGAUGGAAGGUGAAGAAAUUGACUUUGUUCCAAGUGUAGACACACCAAAUUGGUCUGAAGAAAGUGAAGGCGAAGAUGAUCAACAGCCUUUAAGCAGAGAGGACUCUGGGAUUCAGGUGGACAGGACACCAUUAGAAGAACAAGAUCAAAAAAGAAUACCAGGGCCUUGUGUGAGCUGGAAAGAUGAGACAGAUGGCCGAAACUGGCUAGAAGAACAUGUGGUCCUUCAGUACUGGACAGCCAGGCCCUUACGGUUUUCUCAUAGUUUACAUUUGCAUUCCAAUUUAGGUACUGUCUGGGAUCAACACUUGCAUAGUAGUGAUUCAUUACAUGUUCCAGAUGACAGAAUUUUUGUUACAGAGACUCAGGUUAUUCGGGAAACCCUAUGGUUACUUUCUGGGGUAAAAAAGCUCUUUAUAUUUCAGUUAAUAGAUGGGAAGAUAACUGUGAGAAAGAACAUUGUACUAACUCAUUUGACACAUAACUGUUUACGAUCAGUGCUAGAACAAAUAGCAGCAUAUGGCCAGGUUGUGUUUCGACUCCAGGAGUUCAUCGAUGAAGUCAUGAGGCACAGUUCUGACCAUAUAUUACCUGAAAAUAGUUCCAUUCCUAAGAAGUCUACUGAAGCUCCCUUUAGGACCUACCAGGCUUUCAUGUGGGCCCUGUACAAAUACUUCAUUAGUUUCAAAGAGGAACUUACGGAAAUUGAGAAGUAUAUCAUCAAUAAUGAUACUACAGUAACUCUUUCUAUAGUGGUGGACAGAUUAUCACCUCGACUGGCUCAGCUCAAGGUUCUGCACAAAGUAUUUAGCACUGGAGUAGCUGAAGUUCCACCUGACACACGAAAUGUUGUUCGGGCAUCUCAUCUACUCAACACACUGUACAAAGCCAUUCUUGAAUAUGACAGUGUUGGAGAAGCCUCAGAGCAAACUGUCUCCCUUCUGUUCUUCCUCUGGGUAGAAACAGUACGGCCUUACCUGCAGACUGUGGAUGAGUGGAUAGUACACGGGCACCUUUUUGACUGUGCAAAGGAGUUCAUCAUCCAGAGAAACAAAAAUGUUCCAGUAAAUCAUAGAGACUUUUGGUAUGCAACUUACACAUUGUACAGUGUGUCAGAAAAGUCCGAAAAUGAAGAAAAAAUGAGUGAUAACGCUAGUGCAAGUUCUGGUAGUGACCAGGGACCUUCCAGCAGGCAGCACACCAUGGUAUCCUUCCUCAAACCUGUUCUGAAGCAGAUCAUAAUGGCUGGCAAGUCGAUGCAGCUACUGAAGAAUCUUCAGUGUGUGGAGAGCUCCAGGUGCCAGGCAGUGGCAAGAGAUGCAGAUAGAAAAAGUCUGUAUAACCUUUUUUUGGAAUCUUUGCAAUCUCGUCUUCGGCAUGGAGAAGAUUACCCUCCACGUAUCCUUACUGAGCAACAGACAACCGAAGAGUGCCUAAUUAAGAUGCAGUCCAUUGCGGAAAGACACCUUGAACUGGAUGAUGUUCAUGACCCUUUGCUGGCUAUUAACUUUGCAAGGUUGUAUUUGGAACAAAGUGACUUUCAUGAUAAGUUUGCUGGUGGUGAUAUCUGUGUGGAUAGAUCAUCAGAAUCUGUGACAUGCCAGACUUUCGAAUUAACGCUGAGAUCUUGCCUCUACCCACAUAUUGAUAAACAAUAUCUAGAUUGCUGUGGAAAUCUCAUGCAUACUCUAAAAAAAGAUUACAGGUUGGUAGAGUACUUGCAGGCCAUGAGAAAUUUUUUCUUAAUGGAAGGUGGAGAUACCAUGUAUGACUUCUAUACAUCAAUUUUUGAUAAAAUAAGAGAAAAGGAAACCUGGCAGAAUGUGUCCUUUCUCAAUGCCCAACUCCAAGAAGCAGUAGGACAGCGUUAUCCUGAAGAUUGUUCACGUCUAGCUAUAUCUUUUGAAAAUGUUGACACAUCUAAGAAGAAACUCCCUGUUCAUAUGUUAGAUGGUCUGACCCUAAGCUACAAGGUCCCAUGGCCUGUGGACAUUGUUAUAAGUUUGGAAUGUCAAAAAAUUUAUAAUCAGGUGUUCCUUCUUUUACUGCAAAUAAAGUGGGCAAAAUAUAGUCUGGAUGUGUUACUAUUUGGUAAAUUGGUUAGUACUACUGAAAAACCACAACUUAAAGAAAAACUUUUACAUGAACAAGAAGUAAAUGCUCAAUUUGGACCACAAAGGGAAUCAAUAAGACAACAGAUUCAUCGGAUGUUCCUCUUAAGAGUGAAGCUCAUGCAUUUUGUGAACAGCUUACACAACUACAUCAUGACCAGGAUUCUUCACAGUACAGGACUGGAGUUUCAACAUCAAGUCGAGGAAGCCAAAGAUUUAGAUCAAUUGAUUAAAAUUCACUAUAGAUAUUUGUCCACCAUCCAUGAUCGAUGUCUGCUAAGGGAAAAGGUUAGCUUUGUGAAAGAAGCCAUCAUGAAGGUGUUGAAUUUGGCACUCAUGUUUGCUGAUGGUUGGCAGGCGGGUCUAGGGGCUUGGAAGAUGGAAUCUAUAGAGAAAAUGGAAUCCGAUUUUAAAAAUUGCCAUAUGUUUCUUGUAACCAUUUUAAACAAAGCUGUCUGUAGAGGGUCCUUUCCUCAUCUGGAAUCUCUAGCACUAUCACUAAUGGCUGGCAUGGAACAAAGUUAAAUAUCUUGAAAUACAAUAAAUACCUCAAGAAUUUAUCUUUAUACAUUUCCAUUUCCACCGUGUGUAAUUGAGAUGUUGGAAUCUUUUUAUUUUGUUUUGUUUUAAAAACU